CAUGUCCGCUGCGGGACGCGCUCCCGGGCCCGGCUCCGGAGCCGCCUCUCGGCUUUGAAGGCUGCCGAGGAACACACGAUUUCAAUCAUUUAAGCAUUAAAAUAGUAAUACCCAUGGAAGAGCCACAAGACUUACCCGAACAACCAGUGAAAAAAGCCAAGAUGCAGGAAUCCAGAGAACAAAGCUUAAGUCAUGUGAGCAAUGCAGAAGUCAGCGAUCAGAAACCUGAAUCUUCAAGCCUUGGUUCAAACCUUCCCAUGUCCAGUGAGAUUAUGACAUGCACUGAUUAUAUCCCAAGGUCAUCAAAUGAUUAUACCUCACAAAUGUAUUCUGCAAAGCCAUAUGCACAUAUUCUUUCUGUACCUGUAUCGGAAACAAUGAGCCCUUACCCUGGUCAGACUCAGUACCAAGCACUACAGCAGUCUCAGCCCUACACCAUCUACCCCCAGACCACCCAAACCUACGGACUACCUCCUUUCGGUGCACUGUGGCCAGGUAUGAAACCUGAAAGUGGUUUAAUUCAGACUCCAUCUACAAGUCAGCACAGUGUUCUUACCUGCACUACAGGGUUAACCACAAGCCAGCCCAGCCCAGCACAUUAUUCUUAUUCCAUUGAAGCAUCAACUACCAAUGCCAGUCCAGUCUCUACGUCCUCAACUGUUGUCAAUAUUUCCACAUCAGCGGUAGCCAGCAUCUCACAGGAAUAUCCUACGUACACGAUCCUUGGCCAAAGUCAGUACCAGACGUGUUACCCAAGUUCUGGCUUUGGAGUCGUAACACCAGCAGACAGCAACACGGAGAGUACUGCAUUAGCAACAACUACGUAUCCAACCGAAAAACCAAACGCCAUGGUGCCUACGCGGACAGUGCAGAGACAUUCCUCUGGAGAUGCAUCCACAAGUCCUUCAUUAUCAAGAGCAACAGCAAGUAAAGAGUUAGAUGAGCAGGCAAGAAAAAACAUCCCUGGGAAGAACAGGGGGAAGAGGAAAGCAGAUACUUCCUCCUCACAGGACAGUGAACUGGAGCGAGUGUUUCUCUGGGACCUGGAUGAAACCAUCAUAAUCUUCCACUCACUUCUCACAGGGUCUUAUGCUCAAAAAUAUGGCAAGGAUCCAACUCUAGUGAUUGGCUCAGGUCUGUCAAUGGAGGAGAUGAUUUUUGAAGUAGCUGAUACUCACUUGUUUUUCAAUGACUUGGAGGAGUGUGACCAGGUACACAUAGAAGAUGUGGCAUCUGAUGACAAUGGCCAAGAUUUAAGCAACUACAAUUUCUCCACGGAUGGCUUCAGUGGCUCAGGAAGUAACGCAAAUCACAGCUCAUCAGUUGGUGUCCAGGGUGGAGUGGACUGGAUGAGAAAACUGGCCUUCCGCUACCGCAGGGUACGAGAGAUCUACGACAAAUACAAAACUAAUGUUGGAGGCCUUCUUAGCCCGCAGAAGAGGGAAGCUCUGCAGCAACUAAGGACCGAUAUAGAAGUGCUAACGGAUUCCUGGCUGGAAACUGCAUUAAAGUCCCUGCUGCUCAUACAGUCCAGAAAAAACUGUGUGAACAUCCUGAUCACAACUACCCAACUGGUGCCAGCUCUUGCCAAAGUUCUCCUCUAUGGAUUGGGCGAGGUGUUUCCCAUCGAAAAUAUUUAUAGUGCUACAAAAAUAGGUAAAGAGAGCUGUUUUGAGAGGAUCGUGUCACGAUUUGGAAAGAAAGUCACCUACGUGGUAAUUGGAGAUGGGCGUGACGAGGAGGUUGCAGCUAAGCAGCACAACAUGCCUUUCUGGAGGAUCACAAAUCAUGCAGACCUCGUGUCCCUUCACCAAGCCCUCGAGUUAGACUUCCUGUAAGAAGUUGGAGCAAAGGUGUGACUGCAGCUCCUGCAAGCCCUCUCCAUCAUUGGGGAGGCAGAAAUCGCAUACAUUUGGGGACUCACUUUUCAGCUUGAUGAAGAAAACAUACCUAAUGCAAACUGUACAGUAGAACAUGACACCAGGUCAUUUCCUCAGGAGCACAGGCCCUGCCAAGUACAAAGGUGUCCUAUAAAGAAGCACUAGCCUCAGCAGAGCUAGAGCUUGUCUGAAGAAGAGACUUACAGAAGCCAGCUGAAUUCCUCUAGCAGGUAGUCUCCAGAGGGAGGGGGUGAUACAACAGCAGAAGUAUUUGUAAGAGCCUUCUCCUUUCUAUUCAGCUUAGAUGUAGAGCCCAAGUAAACACAAAACCUUAUUUUUAUAGAAAAAUACCGAUGGCAGAGCUGAACCUCCUUUGUUUUGCAAAGCUGAAAAGAGCUAUGUUUUUUUUUCAUAGGAAAUACUAAUGAAAAUGUCAAAAAUACCUCUAUUGCUGUGAAAUGUGUCCUCUCUCCUUCCCUGGGUAUUCAAAGCAGUUAAUUUAUUACAAUGACCUUAUAUUAUUUCCUCAGCGUGGGAUUACUGGAAAACAGAAAGAUAAGGGAAUGUUUCUGGGAUAUGUGGUUCCUUGUAGAGGAGUGUUCUGAGUUGAUCCUGGUGACUUCUAGUCAACGUGUGCACAAGCACUGUAACAAGCAGGAGAUCAUUGGGUUCGAGCUAUCCAUGACCCAGAGGGCAGAUCCCACAGACUUUCCCUGGAAAGGAAAACAAAACUGCCUAUGAACAUUAGAUACAGCACGACACUACUGCAGACUGCUCAGAUGUGAACAGAGUCCUCGUCUGGACUAGGAAUAAUUUGACAGAACUAAACCCUCGUGAAUGUUACAAGGAAGGGUAUGGUUAUUAACCUUCACCUCUGCUUUCCUGACUCCAUUUGUGAGAGUAGAGUCCUUUUAGUAGAACCAGAUUCCAUUUUCUUGUAUUCUUCUUUGCAUUAGCCUAACUACAUAGUUAGAAACAAAACCCUUGUUAAGAGGGACUUAAUUUUCUAAGACACUGUGACUUGGCAGCCUGGAGCACACUGGCCUUGGGAGUGAUGGUUACGCUGAUUGUUCUGCUACCAUCUCAGAAAAAAAGGGUGGAGUCAGUGACCUGCAGUACCACAAGCCAGAAGCAGCCAGCUGGAGACUGGGGGCUGGCAUGGGGCACUGGUUUUGUGCCAAGACAGGCUGUGUUCAGUGGU